AUGGUUGAUCAAGGAGGCCAAGAUGAUCUCACUGCUGCAAUGGCGCUCAUGCAACAACAGAUGCAGCAGAUGCAGCAGACCAUCAAUGCACAAGAAGCUGCUCGCCAAGCAGCCGCCGACUUUGCUGCUCAGCAAGUCGAGCAACAAGGCACUCCCAUCGGAGAGCGGAACCUUCCCUUGGUGCAGAAGAAAACGUUUAACGGUCUCGCUGCUGAAAUCCAUUUGGACCACAUCGAGAACUUCGAGAGAGUCUGCAAAUUCUCUCGGGCAAAUGGAGUGCCACCAGACUACCUCAAAUCCACGUUGUUCCCAUUCUCCUUGGAAGGGCAAGCAGCUCGCUGGCUUGACUCGCUCCCAACCGGUACGCUCACUACAUGGGAACAAGUCAGAGCAGCGUUCUUAAGCCACUUCUACACGAAGUCCAAAACUGCAGCUCUGAGGCAUAAGAUCUCGAAUUUCAAGCAAAAGACCGACGAACCUUUCUAUGAUGCUUGGGAGCAUUACAAGGAAUACCGAAGGGAGUGCCCUCACCAUGGGUUUGAGGAUGACUAUAUACUGGAAGUGUUCUAUGAUGAAGUGAGCUAUGAGUUUUGCAAUGCUCUAGAUUCCUCGAGCAAUGGGGAUUUCAUGACACAAACAACACAUGGUGCAUUCGCACUGAUUGAACAUAUAACGUCCAGCUCCCUCAACAAGAACAAGGAGUAUGAUCGCUCCAAAAGCGUAAAGAGCAUAGACGACCUCGCGGCCAAGGUUGACCAGCUGUUGAAGGGUAAUCAGAGCCAAGUGUUCAUCAUGGAGGAAGCUGCAUCAGAGAACAAUGUUUCAGACGCUACACCUGAAGGAGACAAUACUGUGUAUGAUCAGCAAGAAGUGAGCUACGUUAAUGGACAAGGAUGGCAGUACAAAAACUACCACCCGAACCCCAACAUUAGGAACAAUCCUCAACUCUUUGCGUAUCCCAAGGUUGACAAACCGGUUGACAACGUGCAGAACAGUCAAGGGCAGAACAUCGGCUAUCAGAAACCAUACCAGGGAUGA